UAUUGUCGGAUAAUCACACAUAGAGGAAGAAAAUUUUGGAAUCGUCAAUCCCCGACUAUAUCUUGACUGAUUAAUUUCCAUUUUCCAGAUUUUGAUCCUAAGAUUCUCGAGGCUGCUCUAUUCACUUCGAUUCUACUGAUCUUGAGGAAGUUUGUAAUUCCUUGGUUUUCAAAAUUUCUGGUAGUGAAAAGGAGAGAAAUGGAGAAAAUGAUGAACGUCUUAAAGCCAAAACCAAAUCCGCAGCAGCAGCUGAGGGAUUGGCAGCGUAGGCUCCGACAAGAGUGCCGCAACUUUGAACGCCAAAUUCGAGAUAUAGAGAGAGAAGAGAAAAAUGUGCAGAAAGCCAUUAAGGAUGCUGCAAAGAGGAAUGAUAUGGUCUCUGCAAAGGCACUGGCCAAAGAAAUUGUUAGGUCUAAAAAAACUGUGAACCGUCUUCACGAAAAUAAGGCACAGGUUAAUUCGAUAUCCAUGCACCUUGGCGAAAGUAUUGCCAUUGCGAGAACAGUUGGGCAUCUUUCCAAGAGUGCUGAAGUUAUGAAGCUUGUUAAUAAUCUGAUGAAGGCCCCAGAAAUGGAAACUACAAUGCGAGAGUUUAGCAAGGAGAUGACCAAGGCUGGGGUGAUUGAGGAAAUUGUAAAUGAUGCGUUGGAUUCAGCACUGGAUUCUGAGGAUAUUGAAGAGGAGAUAGAAGAGGAAGUUGACAAAGUUUUGACUGCCAUCGCUGGUGAGACCGCUGCACAGCUUCCAGAAGCUGUCAGGAAGGAAAGAAUGAAGCAACCGUCUCGUGUGCAGGAAGUCCGGAGAGAGGAAGAAGCAAUAGCUGAGGGUGUUGACGAUGAGGAAGAACUAGAAGAAAUAAGGGCUCGGCUUGCAAAAGUUAGAUCAUAAAUUCGAAAUUUCACUUGAGAAUGUCAAAAUGGUCGUAACUCGGUUUGAGCCUCAACAUUUCAUUACUUUUUUACUGGUAUUUCGUGAGAGAGAAAAUGAGUGACAUACUUUCGGUGCAUGUUUGUUCAAUCAAGAUUCAUAAAACCGAGAGUAUAUUUGUCAAAUAGAUAGGGACAGGGUGGAGCGGGGAUUAACUGUUUGAUGUAUAUUGUUUCUUCUUCUUAAAAGAAUGCAAAUGUAGCAUCGUUCUAUCAUCUUAUAUC